AUGUACGCGGGCUUUCCAAGACUGAACGUGACGGAGGUGCAGGAGGCCGUCGACCUCGACUUCGAGCUGACAAAUGAGAAGGGUUGCGUGAAGGUGACCGAGUUCCCGGUGCCGAAAGUCGUGAACUUGUCCUUCUCUGCCCUCUGCGCGCUGCUCUACAACGCCCGCACCGCGACGAGCAGCCGCAACAUCUUUGGCAGCGUUAUCGGCCUCCAGCUGCAGGAUACCGUCGAGGUGACGGAUGUCAAAACAAACCCGUCCAUCGACAUCGAGGAGGAUGACCGCAUGACCGAGGAGGAGCGGAUGGAGCGGGUGCGCAAGGAGCGCAAGCUGCUGGACGCGGACAAGGCGAUCUUUGAGAACAUGUACAACCAGGAGAACCUCGACACAAACGUCAUUGGCCAGUUCGUCGUCUCCAGUGCCCGCUUUAACCCCUUCUCCACGCGCACGAUGCGCAAGCUGCAGGAGCUGCACCGGGAGAGCCUCCCAGCGAUUCUUCUGACCUACGACCCCUUCCGCACGAGCCUGCUGGGCCGCCCGCACAUCCGUGCCUACACGCCGACGGCGGCUUACUAUAAGUACGACUCGCUUGUGUCCACCGAGCGCGGCUACCAGCGUCGCCGCAGCUUGGCACAGUACGCUAAGGAGAGCGGCAUCACCAAGGAGGGCGUCCUCCACGAGAUUCCGGUGAAGCUGGAGGUGGAUGCCUUCCAUAAACUGAACCUGAUGAACGUGCAGCCGACCGCGGUCGGCGACUCCUUCAAAGCCAUCCAGAGUAUGGCUGUGAGCAACUACAUCGAGGCGCUGCUUAGCUCGAUUCGCAACAACACGGAUCAGCUGAAGCAGAAACUCGACUACGAGGGUAACGUCAAGGACAACGGCAACGUGCCCGUCGGCCAGGAUGCGGAAACAAUGCUGCUCAUGAAGCACGUGCGCGACCAGACGGACCACCUUGAUGCGCUCUGCGAUAGCGCCCUGCUCUACUCGUCGUUGCUGCGCGACCUGUAG